AGGAGGCUCGAGGUGAGGGAGGAUGAGGAGAGGGGAGCAGAAGGAGGACAGCGCGACACUCAUCGCCAUGGAAACUGAGUUGGAGAUGAACUAUGGCAGCAUCACCACGAAUGCAGAUGUACAGCCUGCAGACAGGAACGUGUUCAGUGACGGCUCGACUCGAGUUGAUUUUGUGUUGGUGUGGGAGGAGCCUCUGAGCUCACAGAAGGAGGAGAGCACAGGUGUUAGCCCCACCCACAGGAAGUGGAGGGAGACAUUUCUGAAGAAACUGAAACACUCGGGACUGCUGCAGGAGCAGAGGGAGGUCCUUCAGACGAAGACGAAGAUCUGUUUUGUCCUCCUCAGCGCUCCGUGGAGCGUCCUCUGUUACUAUGCUGAGGAGAUCAGUCUCAGAGUCCCUCUGCAGGUGGUCAGCGCUCCGAUCACUAACUGGUCAGCUCAGGUCCUGUCCCAGCUGUCCCUCCCCAACCCUCUGUUUCAGGAUGUCCCCAACCCCCCACCUGACUACUACACCUGUCAGUUCAGGACCAACAAGAUGGAGAGGUUUCUGGGCAGCGACAACAAAGAGACAUUCUUCAAAACGACUCAAAGACACCAGGUGCUGUAUGAGAUCCUGGCCAGGACUCCGUAUGGUUCUCUGAAAAGGGGAGAGGUGGGAAUUGACCGACUGCUCAGUGAGGAGGUCUUCACUGCUGCCUACCCGCUGCAUGAGGGUGGUUUCGAGCUGCCGUCACCCCCAGUGCCUCCACAGUCUUUAGGUCUGAGGCAGAUACUGUAUUCGUACUGGGCCGUGUGGUCUUCUUGGAAACGUUACCAACCUUUGGAUCACAUCAGGGAAUACUUUGGAGAGAAGAUAGCACUUUAUUUUGCCUGGCUCGGUUUCUACACCGGCUGGCUGUUGCCGGCGUCUGUUGUUGGGACUGUGAUCUUCUUGAUUGGAUUCUGGCUCAUGAACACUGACGUUCCAGCGAAGGAGUUGUGUCACAGUGGAAACGACUUCAUCAUGUGUCCUCUCUGUAACAUCUGCGCGCUAUGGAACUACUCCAGCAUCUGCGUCACUUUCAAGGCGGGCAUACUGUUUGAUAAUGGAGGAACAGUGUUUCUCAGUGUCUUCAUGUCUCUGUGGGCCGUCACCUUCCUGGAGUACUGGAAGAGGACAUGUUCAGCUUUGUCUCACCGCUGGGACUGCUCUGAAUUCCAGGAUAUUGAGGAGCGACCUCGUCCAGAGUUCACAGCCAUGGCGCCAAUGACCAUGAGGAACCCGGUAACUGGAGCAGAGGAACCUUAUUUUCCUGAAAGUAAACGACUCAACCGAUCUUUGACUGGCUGUAUGGUCAUCAUCAUGAUGAUUAUUGUGGUGCUGAUGUUCAUCAUCGCCAUUAUUCUGUAUCGCACCAUCGUCAGAAUCAUCAUCUACAAGUCCAACAGCUUCUUAACGUCCUCUGCCUCAAGGAUUGCCAGUAUUUCAGGAUCUGUGUUGAACCUGUUGGUCAUCCUCAUGUUGUCCAAAGUUUACACCUCGCUGGCUCACGUCCUCACCCGAUGGGAGAUGCAUCGGACUCAGAGUAAAUACGAAGACAUGUUCAUCCUCAAAGUUUUCAUCUUCCAGUUCGUCAACUUCUACUCGUCUCCAGUUUAUAUCGCCUUCUUCAAAGGCAGGUUUAUUGGUUACCCUGGGAAAUACGAGACACUGUUUGGAAUUCGCAAUGAAGACUGUGGAGCAGGUGGCUGCCUCAUUGACCUGGCUCAGGAGCUGCUGGUCAUCAUGGUGGGAAAACAGCUGAUCAAUAAUGCCCAGGAGUUCCUCAUACCGAAGAUGAAAUCAUGGUGGCAGAAGAGGAAGCUGAGCCCUCAGCAGAAGGAGGCGAAGAUAGAGGAAGGAGAGGAGGCUCAGAUGAAGGUGAAGGGGGACCAAGAGGAGGAGGUUUCUCCCUGGGAAGCAGAUUACCAGCUGCUGCUCUGUGAGGGACUCUUCAGUGAAUACUUGGAGAUGGUGAUCCAGUUUGGCUUCGUCACCAUCUUCGUGGCGGCGUGUCCUCUCGCUCCUCUCUUUGCUCUCAUCAAUAACUGGGUGGAGAUUCGUUUGGACGCUCAGAAGUUUGUGUCUGAAUAUCGCCGCCCGGUGGGCGAGCGAGCUCAGGACAUCGGCAUCUGGUUUCCCAUCAUGCAGUUCAUCACAAACGUGGCUGUCUUUGGCAAUGCGUUCCUCAUAGCGUUCACCUCGUCCUUUCUACCUCGUCUGUACUACCGCUACACCACAGACAGCUCACUGAGCGGCUUCAUCAACUUUACUCUGGCAACAUCGCCACGCAACUACAGCAUGCAACACCACAACAUACCCUGCAGGUAUCGUGGUUUAAGGGAUGAAGAGGGUCAAUACCUCCCAGACUACUAUCACCUCCUCGCCAUUCGACUCACAUUUGUCAUCGUGUUUGAGCAUGUGGUCUUCUUCAUCGGCCGCCUGAUCGACCUGAUGGUCCCUGACAUCCCGGAGGAAGUGGAAAUGAAGAUGAAGAGGGAGCACUACAUGGCUAAAGAGGCGCUGGCUGAAAACCAGUCUUUGGGGAAAACCAUGAUUCCUGUUGACAAAGAUGUCCAAUCAAGCAGCCUACGAAAGCGUGGGUCAAGCCUCUCAAAACCUCUGCGGAGCGACUCUCCUCCACCAAACCUGGAGGAGAUCCCAGAGGAAGCUGCUAAAGCAGAAGGCUGCUGAAAGGUAACAAACAUGAGCUCUGUGUUGGAUGUCCUCCCUUUACUUCAACGUCCACAUCUACGAAACGAGAGCUUCUACUUUUAAUUUGCAUUGCUGACAGAUCUACAAGACCACUGUGAGACCUCAACAUCUACAAAAGUUGUGGACUGAAUCUUUCAAGACCUUUUGCAAGACUUUGUAAAUCUACAAGACCACAAUACCAUUUCUACAGGAACUACAAGACUUGCUUUAUAUCAAGAGGAUCUACAAGAUCUGCAAGAGAUCUUAAAGAUCUGUGAUUAUUUAAGAAUGUUGUGUUGAACCUCUACAUGUUCUACAAAAAGAACUACAUGAUAUCUUCUAGAUCUAGAGUUUUUCAACAAUAUAAGCACAUAUCUUGUCAAGAAACCAAUGUAAAGGCUGAAAAUAUGAUGUAAAUAAACUUCUUAUAGUAGUAAAA